AUGCGAGAUAAAGAAGAAAUUGAGGAUAUUCCUUUAAUUUUUAAUACCAAUAAUGAUCAUCAAACAUAUCAUCACCAUCCUCAUCACCACCAACCAAAUAAUUAUUUGCCACAAAAUUUAAAUGAUGGAAUAAUCCAACAACAAAAACAACCACCAAAUAAUAACAUUAUUCGUUCACAUUCAACAGCUAUAUUUUGUGUUCCUUCUCCUUCAACACAACAAAAUAAUAAUUUAAUAGAUAAUUCAAAUAAUUUUGGAAUAAAUAAACAACAAGAUUAUAGAAGAACAAAAUCAAUUGUUUUGCCACCAACAAACGGAAAUGGCCGACAAACAGAAAAUAAUUUUAAUAAAAAUAAUUCCAAAACUUCAUUAACAACUCCCUCACUUCGCCGUUUUAAUUCCCAAUUACGCUCCCCUUGCCGUUAUUCUUCUGAUUCUUUAAAUCCAACAACUCCUUCUGGGACUCUACCUCCAUUUAAGCCAUAUACACCUCCACCAAUUCUUUCACCAAUGAGACAAGGAAGCGGGCUUUUUAAUAAAAUUGCUUCUUCCCAAAAAGAAUGUUUGUUUGUUUUUAAAUUUAAGUUUUGAAAGAAUUAUUCCCCUUUUUUAAUUUUUUUGUUUUAAAUUUCAAUUCAAAUCUCUCUCAUCAUAAAUUUUUAUUUUUAUGGCUAAACUGGUUGCAAAUCUUUUUUCUUCUCUCAUCUUCUCUCUUCUUUUUUUCCUCCUCUUUAUUUAUUUGCACUUUUCUUCAUUUUAUUUUUUUUAUCUUUUUUUUUCAAAAAUUUUUUAAAAUUUUCCCCCUUUUAAUUUUUCUCGGUACUUUUCUGUUUUGCCACACCCCACCCAUAUAUUCGCAGGAUAUAUUUUUUAUUUUUCCUUAAUUCGUACAGAAAGGUCAGCUUACUUUCUUCCUCAAUUUCGCUCAAUU